AUGAGCCCUUGUUCUAUAAACGCGACGGAUCUAGAAUUCCUCCCAACAGACACGAAUUCCUCCCUGCUCCAGGUCACGCGCUGGAUGAAUUUCUGCCGAACUGUGUAUGUAGAAAAAUGUGAUGUUUACUCAAUGACCCCGCCUCCAAGAGAUAUCCCAGCGAUGUUCAUGAAUGCCUCGUACGACGACUGUUUUAAUACGAGAACUCUGGUUGUCUACUGCAUAUCAAUCAUCUUGAGUUCAGCAAUUAUCUGUACCAACACUGCUAUACUGAUCGUUUUCUUGCGUUUUCGAGCUUUGAGAACUAGCUCCAACAUUCCUAUCAUGAGUUUAGCCAUAUCUGACUUCCUGACCGGCGUUGCGUUCACAUACUCAUCAGUUUGGAAUCUCGUACUGCUUUCGUCCGGUUAUUCAUUCGACAUUGAACAAACAAUGUCCUACAUUCGCAUGCGCACUAAUUACUUCCUGUGUUUAACCCUCGACGGAACAGGAUUGCUUUUCACCUGUUUGAUGUCGUCAGUUUUGACACUUGGUGUAAUAGCAGUAGAAAGACACAUUGGCGUGUUUUAUCCCUUCAAGUACACCCAGUGGAUAACAACCAGACGCAUGGUUCGGAUCAUCCUCUCGGUUUGGUUUGUCUCACUCAUUGUCGGUGUCUUGCCAUUGUGUGGAUGGAACAAAUGGGACAACAAAUGCCAGCUGACAGAAGUUUUGGACUAUUCCUACAUCGUUAUGUGGACAUCCAUUUGCUUCUUGAGUGGUGUUAUCAUGCUUUACAUCUAUUUGAGAAUAUUCAUCCUCUCCCGCAAACACAGUCGCCAAAUUGCAGCCGUUCAAGUUUCAUCCCGAUCCUGUUCCGUUAGUGCACCGAGUACUUAUGUGAACGAUGUAGCUUCACCGGCCGUCAGAGAAUCGUCAUCAGAAGACCGAACUGAUCAAGAGGCGUCUAACGUUGAAGAAGCUGGAAGUCCUGAUGCAACGGAGAUCGAUGUCGAAACAGGAAACAUACUAAUAUCGAUCCAGGGUUUAAAAAAGACAAUGUUUAUCAUACCGUCAACACAGGAAACUCCGGGACAAAAUACCUCAGAUCCAGAGACGGAUAGCCCGGUGUUACACAACACAUCCCCACCAGAAACAUCGAAUUCUUCUGCUGUACCUGAAAGUCGUCCUAACAUCCAACACAGGACCAGCAGGCGCGCGCUGGUGACCACUACUAUCAUUUUGGGCGCCUUCUAUUCGUGUUGGUCUCCGCUGUUGGUGUAUCUGGUGGCUUAUGACAAGGUUACUGUAACCAUGAACCUGACUACAUAUUACCUUGCCGUGAUCACACAGUUAAACUCCAUCUUCAAUCCCAUCGUGUACGGUAUCCGGAAUCCAGACAUUAGAGAGGCACUCCUCCGAUUGUUCCGCUGUAGAAACUGA